CUAUUUCCUGGUUAGACAGCCAUUUUGGGUUUGAGACAACUAGCCUUUAGGUUUUUGGGGGAGUAGUUACUUUUAAUUUGACUGAACAGUUUCUAUUUGAAGUUCUUUAAAGCCAAGGGGAACAUCAUUUCUUAAGAAGAGGGAGUCUAAAGUGACAUGACAACAAUGAAUCCCGAAUAUGAUUAUUUAUUCAAGCUGCUUCUGAUUGGUGACUCCGGUGUGGGAAAGUCUUGCCUCCUUCUUCGGUUUGCAGAUGAUACAUACACAGAAAGCUACAUUAGCACAAUUGGCGUGGACUUUAAAAUAAGAACUAUAGAAUUAGAUGGAAAGACGAUCAAACUUCAAAUUUGGGACACAGCAGGGCAGGAAAGGUUCCGAACGAUCACAUCCAGUUACUACAGAGGAGCGCAUGGCAUUAUAGUUGUUUAUGAUGUUACAGACCAAGAGUCUUUCAACAACGUUAAACAGUGGCUACAGGAGAUUGACCGUUAUGCCAGUGAAAAUGUUAACAAGUUAUUGGUAGGGAACAAAUGUGACCUAACUACAAAGAAGGUUGUGGACUACACAACGGCAAAGGAAUUUGCAGACUCUCUCGGAAUUCCAUUUUUGGAAACUAGUGCAAAGAAUGCAACAAAUGUAGAACAAGCCUUCAUGACAAUGGCUGCGGAGAUUAAAAAACGAAUGGGCCCAGGAGCUACAGCUGGUGGAUCAGAGAAGUCCAAUGUUAAAAUCCAGAGCACUCCAGUCAAGCCUUCUUCUGGAGGCUGCUGCUAAGGUCCUCUUCGUCAUCUUUCCCAUAAAUCUAUGAUGUAAUAAGCCCAAGUGUAAGAAAAGUUGCCUGAAAUGUACUAUAUGUGGCCGCACUACUACAAAUUCUUCAAACAAGGUCAGCAAUUCAACAGUCAAUCCCUGGCUGUUUUUAUCCCCACAAUUCAAGACCGCUAACUUCAUUUUCAGAAUUUUUAAACCUUUGUGUGCUGGUUUAUAAAUAAUGUGUGUAAAUCUCAUUGCUUUACUUUACUACAGGACAGUUCUGUGGUUGGUUUAAAUAAAGUUUUUUGUUUUGAUGUUUAUAUUGGCAUGUUUAGCUGUCCAGUUAGGUCCUCCUCUGAAGAUGAAGUUCAGCCAUUUGCGCAACCAACAGCACAACAGUGUUUCACUGUCUAUGGCAUCAAUAGCGUUUAGUGAAAUAUGUUAUAUAUGUAAGAUCUGAUUUGCUAGUCCUUCUGUAGAGAAAGAAGUGGAAUAAAUUACAUUAUAUAAUUAGCAGUUUAACUUCAUAAUCUCUGCAUAUAAUUUGUGGCUGCAGACUAUUGUAAUUUGUUGCACAAUCUGUAACAUUAAACAACUGAAGAAAUGUUUAAUAAAUAUUGUACUUAUUGGAAUUACUAUACCAGACUGUAUGAUGAAACCAAUGGUUUGUAGAAUACAUUUUUUUUUUUUUUUUUUUUUUUUUUUUUUUUUUUUUAAUUUAUUCUACAUUUAUAUGGCAAAUAUAUAUUGUACCAGUAAUUUAGAUUCUGUUUUGCGAUCGGCUUUCACCUGUGGACGCCUGAUUACAAGUAGCAAUGUCAGAAUUGCUCUUAUAAAACACUAUUUAUUAUUUUAUUUUUUUUUUCAUUAUAAAGGCAACUGAAUUAAGUUUUAAUUGAGCUGGAACAUACUAAGAGCUAGGCUUUGUUAGUUUCUGAGCACUCUAUCAAACUUGAAUAUUGCAUGUAGAUUAACAUGGGUUCAUUUGCUAUAAUAAAUGUAUUGGAGCAGCUGGUCUUCAACUAGUUUAAAAUCCCUAUUAACUGUAUAUGUAAUAAAGGAAAAUAUGAAUGUGGA